AUGGUUGUUAAUAAUCCAAACAAUUGGCACUGGGUCGACAAGAACUGUAUUGGAUGGGCCAGAGAGUAUUUGAAAGAGAAACUGGUCGGAGUGGAGGCCGGUUCAACGAAAGAUAAGAAGUAUGCCAAAAUUAAAUCUGUCUCAUCCAUCGAAGGUGACUGUGAAGUCAACCAGCGUAAGGGGAAAGUCAUAUCUUUGUUUGAUCUAAAACUCACCCUGUUGAUAGAGGGUCAUGUCGAUUCCAAGGACGGAUCGACAUUGCCAUUCGAAGGUAGCAUUAACAUUCCCGAAGUCGCUUUUGAUAGCGAAGCCUCGAGCUACCAGUUUGAGAUAUCUAUCUUCAAGGAAACUAGCGAACUGAAUGAGGUCAAGCCGCUGAUCAGAUCGGAGUUAUUACCCAAAUUGAGACAGCUCUUCCAGCAAUUCGGCAAAGAUUUACUGGCCACCCACGGUAAUGACAUCCAAGUGCCGGAAUCUCAAGUGAAAUCCGACUACACCAGAAGCAACCAACAAAACAGCCUCAGCGAGAUCAGGGGGCCCGCUUCAAAGCCAGAAAAAAAAAAAUCUUCCCCCGCCACAGCUGUAGCAGCCUCCAAUGCCAACAAAGUCACUCAAAAAGGAAGCGGCAACAGUACAUCAAUCUAUUUGGAACCCACAUUCAACGUGCCAUCCUGUGAGCUGUAUGAAACACUACUUGAUAAACAGCGCAUACUGGCCUGGAGCAGAUCAGCGCAGUUUUUCAACAGUGGGCCCAAAUUAGAGGUCAGCGAGAUGUUCGAGCUGUUUGGCGGUAACGUCAUUAGCGAGCUCGUGUCUUGUGAAAAGGACAAGAAAUUGGUGUUCCGCUGGAAACUCAAAGACUGGCCUGCGGCUUUCAAUUCCACCAUCGAAAUGACUUUCCACGAAUCGCAGGAAUUUCAUGAAACCAAGCUUCAAGUCAAGUGGACUGGCAUACCCGUGGGCGAAGAAGACCGUGUGCGCGGAAACUUUGAAGAAUACUACGUGCGUUCCAUCAAAGUGACCUUUGGCUUCGGUGCCGUACUAUGA